CUGCUAGCCAGUUUAACAUUAACCAGUAUUUAGUAUUGUCCCAAUAUUGACCAUUUAGUCCCAAAGUAUUAAUUUAUUAAAAUGCACAAGUUACUAAGUAUUGCUUUCGCUGUAGUAUGUUUAGUUCAGCUAUCUUAUGCUGCAUUAUCCUAUAAGAAUUUCGGCGAACCGGCUAAGACUGACUUUCAAGAGUGGCACGACAAUUGUAGAAUUUACAUUCCAGGUGUAACCCAAGCAGAAAUCAAUAGAGUUAGACAAGGACACUUCGAUACAGACAACCCAGCUAUUAAGAACUAUGCUGCUUGUGUCUGGUUGGAGUCAAAAAUCAUUAACACUGAUAUGGUUAUGAACAAGGCGUUGGUGGAUCUCUAUAUGCCCAAGAAAAUUGGAGCAGGAACUGAAGACGAAUACAUCGGGUAUUUGUUGUGUGCUAAACAAUUUAGACAAUACAAAAACAAGAUGUCCUUUGCUGAUAAGAUCUUCGGAAUGAUUCAAUGCAAUUACAACAGAAGUCCUAAAAACUUCAUCUUUUUUUAAGACCACAAAAGUAAAUCGGGUGCCUCAAGACAUAAAAAACCAAGAUUUUUUAAUUAUAUAUUUAAAACAUA